CUUUCCCCAACAUUGUCAUCCCAAACGAUCUCCCAAGCACGGCGCUCAUUCUUCUCAUAAACCACCCGCAGCACCAACGCAACAAUGCCCGACUUUUUCGAAUCCAUGCAGCGUUCCUACGUCGACGUUCCCGUCGGUGCCAACGACUACAUUGACGUGCAGGAGUUCUUGGAGGCCACCGAGUCGUUGACCAAGCUCUUUGACUCUAUGGGAGCUGCCUUUGGUCCCGUCAAGAGUGAUCUCCUCGGCAAUGUCGCCAAACUCCGAACCCGGUACACCGAAAACCCCACCAAAAACAAGACCUUGCAAGAGCUCGUCAUUACUGAGCGCGCCGAAGGAAAGAAGACGGCAACGGAGGGUCUGCUGUGGCUCAAGCGCGGGCUGGAGUUUACCUCCAAGGGUCUGAGGAGGAAUCUGAACGACAAGAAUGAGGAGUUGAACGUGUCUUUUACAAAGGCGUAUGAGGAGACUUUGAGCAAGCACCAUAGUUUCAUGGUCAGGCCUGUUUUUUCGCUGGCAAUGAAAGCCUGCCCAUACCGCAAAGAAUUCUACGCCAAACUGGGCUCCGACGAAGCGAAGGUGCAGGCCGAAGAGGAAAAGUGGUUGGCCGCAUUAGAAAGGAUUGUAGCUAUUUUGAACGCUUUUUACAAGCAGGGCGGCUACGAGAAGUUGUAGAGCGAACACUAAAUUAGGAGAACAUGCAGGCAGGCAGACAUAAGCUUUGGACGAAGGUGAACUUAUGGGAUGAAUAGAUUGAUAAGAAACAUGAAAGA